UCAUUCGCUAGCCUAUGCUCGGGGACAGUCAGUGUCUCAUCGGCAGUCGGGGUGCGAACAUAUGGUGUGCGCGCGUUGCUCACAAAUCUUCAUCCGUACUUGCACAAUUGGGAAUCGUGGAAAGCACUGCGAUCGCAUCUUCUUGUGCCCUCUUCGAUGCGUCAUCGAACUCUGUGGCGACAAACACGCCUGUCGCAAGCAAAUAAUUCGCUAAUUGCCUAACAAAGUGUCCCGCAAUCGCGCGCGAUCGUUUGAAAAAGCCCCACAUGAAAACUGUGUGUGCGCGCUCUCAGUGAUCAUAGGGGCUCCGCCGCGAUCCCCGAGGAAUUUCCACCACUGAUCCUCGGCUGUGAUCAGAGUUCAUCGCUGUGGCGUGUUACUUAUCGUAAAAUGUGUCAACAGAUGUGUGCGCUGAUCAAGUGUUGGGCAUAGUUGUGUUGCAAGAGCCACUGCCUACGAGCGGUCCAGCAUAUGCUGCAUGACAAUUAUUACAUAAAAUUUAUGAAUGGAGGCAUUUGAUAAUUUCAAGAGUAAAUAGGGAUCGUCAUGAUCAGUGAGUUGGUGCGCAGUGGAAAGAGUUAAUAUAGAAUUUAAUUGGUGACAUUCCAAUGCUUCAUUUUGAUAAUUUAUACACACUCGAAAAAUACGUGCUCUGUGGCAAUAGGCAGAUUGAGAGUCGCGCCGAGAUUGUGGCCAACACUUGAGGAUAUACAGUGGAAAAUUGUUGCUGAAAUAUGCCAGAUACUUAGCAUGGAUAUAUCAGUGGAAUAAAAGAAAUUAUCUGCAAGAAGCACCGUCAAUGGAGUGGCGAUGUCAGGAGCAAGCGACGUAGCGACAAUGGAGACUCCUCGUCCUGAACAAGUCGAGGAAUCCAAGAUGACAAGUGUUUCGCUGCGGAAGUCAGACGCUGACACAUCCUACGGCCGACACUUUCUGCUCGAGAACGACUUCAUGUACAUCGAUGACGACGCAGAUGAGGUGGACUCUGGCUAUGGGACCAACAAGGUUCUCUUCGACACGGAGCAGAGUACCAUCGCGCUCAGCGACCAGAGGAAUUCCACCAAUUCCAGCAAUUUGUCUCCACAGAAUCGCCAUGCGAAGGCCCAGGAGAAAGAAGACGCCGAAGAGGAACGAACUAAAGAACAUCACAGUGAUAGGAGACUCGAUGGGGACGACGAACAACGAUCUGCCAAAAUUGUGGACAUUCCGUUAAAUUGUGAUAGAAAGAAGGGAAGGACAUUGGUGAAAAUGGAGGACAUUGUGGCUGUUGAUGAGGAUCCAUAUGCUGAGCUUGAGAUGUAUUUGGAACGUGUAAAAAAAGAAAUAAAUGACGUCUUCGAGCAGCUCAACCAUAAAACGCACGGUGCAAAAGAUGAAGUGCUCCCAUACACUAAUAAUACGGAAGCAAAUAACGUGGAACGGAGAGGAGAUAACAAAUUACAGAACGAGGUGCGGUUAAUGAAAUCCGACGAUCUAGUAAUAAAAGAGGCAGAAGAUCCAGCCGAGAUCGUGAAGAAGCGAGAUCAGCGGGAGAAAAGAUGUGACCACACGACAAGAGCCAGUGAUGUGAGAUCGACAGAAACAUCCAUACUGCCGUGCUCGAAGGACAGGGAGAGAGCAAUGAUCAAUGAAUGGGCCGAUAGUGUAAUGAGAGAAUUCGAUGAGCUGGCUGAUGGGGAAAAGAAGCCGGCUCCUGCGGUGAACAGAAGGCAUAAUCGACAAUGGAAUGGCGCUCCUCGUGCUGACCAUCCGCAGCCAUCCAGUGACACUCUCGCGAACGGCCAAACUGAUUCCACUGGUUCAUCGCCGAUCCUUCGCAAUUCCUCAAGCACCGUGCUGAAGAUCGACGAGGAGACUGUCGAUGAGAAGCGAGAGAUCUCCACUCAAACUAGUCCCAAGCUCAAUGUGGUGAAGAAGGAAGUGUCUCCGGAUGCCUGGACUUCUGAAGAGUCCAUCCUUCGCGGAACGGACACUGUGGACGAGGACAAUAAGUCAACUUCCUCGUCUGCUGGAGAGGAUGUUUCUGCAGCCAUGAGCUCAGGAAAGUCUGGCAACUCUCUGAAUUCCUCAGUGGAUGACAGUGCAGAGAGUGGACUCGGCACUGCCUCGUCCAUCCAUGGAUCUGUUUAUCGCAAAAUCAGACCUUAUCUGCAUCAAAUCUCUCAGAAGUCCAUCGAUGAUAAGAACAUCUGGAUCAGAUGUGAGAACGCCACGACUCAGACGGGAAGAAUACGUCCGCCACUGAAGCUGAUAGAGAAUGCUUCGUUUGUCUCCACUGACGACCCGGAUCUGCUGGAAGUGCUGAGUCUCUAUGACGACAAUAAUGCUGAUGAUGAUGAAUUUGCCAUCUCGGAUUCGGAAACCUCGUCGAAAUUCCAAGACGACACUCUGUCAGAGGACGCACGGUCGGAGAAGAGUGUGGUCAGGAGGGUUCCAGAGGAUCAGAGCGAGGAUGACGUGGUGCUGAGGCGCAAAGGCAGCGUUCCGAAGACGGUCAAGUGCUUAGACAGACUGGCGAUGUCAGUGUCGUGCAGUCCAAAUGGCGCGAACAAACCGAUAAAUAACACUUGUAUGGUACCUGAGAAUCAGUGCAAUAGCUUACCUUUGAAUCGACGGUUGGCGAAAGAGAAGCUCCUUCCGCUGGUGGGAACCAACAACAACAAUAACAACGAGAACAUGAGCGAUUCCGCCCUGCCCGUCAGUCGGCGACCCUUCUGCCUGCCCAUGAGCCAGGAGUCAUUCCACAACAUCUCCCAGUUGCCAUCGCCCAGCUCCACGUCUCUCCACAGCGGCGGCAAUCGGCGGUCAGCACUGAUGGUGCAAGAGCUCACCACGAAGAGCAACUCAGCGCCGCUGCUGCUGAAGAAGGAGCACAAGCGAGACACCUUCACGGAUCAGACAGCCAGUCUACGAUACUCACGAUCGCAGAGCGACAGAUACUUGGCAGAAAUCGAAGCCAUUGAGGCCUGCAAAUGGCUGCGAGCCGCUGGUUUUCCGCAAUACGCUCAGAUGUACGAAGACCUGCAGUUUCCCAUUGAUUUGAGCAACGUGGCGAAGGAUCAUCCCUUCCUGGAAAACGAUCCCCUGCAGUCACUGUACCGGCGUCUCGUGGCCCUAAAUCGCUGUGCCGCCAUGCGACUGGACGGAACCCACAAGCAUGGGAAUAAUGACGACUCGGACGAUGAUAGUUGCGCCCUGAGCGAAAACUGGACCUUCCAGCCACAGAGUCGGCGAUGGUCACGAGUUGGCGAGAUGGACAUCCCGCCGCCGCCGGCCAAGGGUGACAAGAGCAAGGACAAGCUGAACAUCUCCUCGCGGGAAUCCUCUCCGGAAAGCACGGACGCAUUUGACUUGCUCGGCCUGCCGCACGGGGGCGAUGCAGAUUUGCAGUCCAAGUUCCGUCGCUCCGGCAGUGAACGCCUCAGAGAUGGCGCCAAAGCCCUGCUCAAGCGCGUCGAGUCGAUCAAGUCGAAGCGGAGAAAACGCCAGAACAGGGAAGGUGUUAUAAUAAGCGGACCGCAGGUUCUGGAUUUCAGUCAGAUGAGCCAGAAGAUGAGCGACUUGAAGUGCGUGGAUGUUUUCUCUCAUCCAUGCUCUCCAAUUCCCACCAGUCCAACCAUCAUGACACCGAAGCAUUUGUUCUUGAACAACAAUGAGCUGCGAUUGCCCUUCACUGAUCCCAAUCGUCUCAGUCCCAAGCAUAUUCCCAGCAAGAAGCAUCACUAUCGCUCGCUGUCCAAUCGCACGAGUCCUCUGCACUUCAUGGGCCAGACCUCAUCGAAGUCCGGCGAUGACUCCUCAUCCUACUGCAGUGACACCAACAGUCAGGACUCGGGCACUAUUCGUGUGGGCAGGAAGAAGCCCAACAGAGCCAGGAGAUUCUUCCAGCGCGGCAGCAAGGUUGAAGAUGCAGGCGCCCUGUCAGACUCUGAGUGUCAUCCGGGGAAGAAUAAGUACUUCAAGGAUCCGUCAGUAGCGGGUUCGGAGGUGAAAACUUCGAAGUUGUCCAGAGGAGGAUCGCUGAAUCUUGGAAAGGAGUCUGACAAGUACAGAGAUGCCUUCCAGAAGAGGAGCUUGCGAUCCAGAAGCACAAUCCGGAAGCAUGAGCGCAAGACGGACAGCGACAGCAAAGAUGAGGAUGUUAUUUUGAGAUCAAACCGAGGUCCUGUUGUUCGAUGGCACAGCUUCCAGACUGCUGACAAGUCUGAGAUCAGAUUCUCACGGCCACUCUCCGCUCAAGGAUCUAAGAAGAAGGAGACUGGAAUUCAAUUUGCCGCUCUGUCAUGUGGUCAGUUCCAGGUCAUCAGGAAGUUGGCCCUGGUCACGCUGACCGGCUACAUGGAGCGCUACUGUCCGUCUCAUCGAUCGGGAUGGAACUGGGAGUUGCCGAAGUUCAUCAAGAAGAUCAAGACGCCGGACUACAAGGACAAGAAGGUCUUCGGUGUGCCUCUGCUGCUGGUUCUCCAGCGAACUGGACACACUCUGCCCACCUCGAUUCAGCAGGCGCUCAAGUGGCUGAAGGCGAAUGCCCUGGAUCAGGUGGGACUGUUCAGGAAGUCAGGCGUGAAGAGUCGCAUCUUCAAGAUCAAGGGCAUGGUGGAGGUGGCUAAGGAGUCCGAAUUGGUGACACUGUUCGAUGGGCAGCAGGCUUACGAUGUGGCUGACAUGGUGAAGCAGUACUUCAGGGAAUUGCCAGAAUCUCUGCUGACCAGUAAAAUGUCUGAGACAUUCAUUGCGAUUUUCCAACACUUGCCUCCAGAGGUGCGUCUCGAUGCUGUGCAGUCUGCCGUUCUCCUUCUCCCUGAUGAGAACCGAGAGGUGCUCUACACCCUAAUUGUCUUCUUGAAUCAAGUGUCUGAGUGUUCCAUGUUCAAUCAAAUGACUGCGAAUAAUUUAGCUGUGUGUCUGGCUCCGUCAAUAUUCCACGGAGGAAUCAUCAGUCCGAGGUCAAAUUCCGUGUCUCCGCGUCGUCGAAAGCCAGCAGGAUUGCCAGAUCCGCGGGAAUUGUGCGAAACAAAGGCCUCCCAUGAGUGUCUCACUUUUCUCAUCCAGAACUACCGCACGAUCUUCAUGAUUGCCAAUGAGAAGAUGCAAUUGUGCAAGUUUAGCUACAUGGAUGAAUCCAAGCCGGUCACAUUGGAUACACUUGGUGAGGAAAUUCAGCUGCACGACUGGCGUGGAUAUCUCUAUGAAUGCACAACGGCGGCUAUCAAGGAGGGCAGAGAGAAGUCCCGAGGCUGGAUAUCAUCCCAAUCGCUGGACUCUCAUGUGGACAUUGCGUACAAGAAGAUCGGCGAUGGUCAUCCGCUUAGACUGUGGAAGUGCACAGUGGAAGUUGAAGCGCCCCCAACUGAAGUGCUCCAUCACAUUGUGAAGGAGCGCCACUUGUGGGACACUGAUCUGCUGAAGUGGCGCAUUAUUGACCAGUUGGAUGAGAAGAGUGAGAUUUUCCAGUACGUUUGUGGUGGACAAUCAAUCACGGAUUAUUGUGUGCUCAGGUCUUGGAACACUGAGCUUCCGCGGGGCGCUUGUGUCAUCGUGGAGACAUCCAUUGAUCAUCCGGACGCUACUCUUCUCCUGCUGGGCGGCGUGAGAGGCGUUGUCCUGGCGUCACGCUACCUUAUUGAGCCAUGCGGCAGCGGCAAGUCACGGAUCGUCCAUUUGGCACGUGUGGAUGCAAAGGGGCGCACACCGGAGUGGUACAACAAGAGCUAUGGUCACAUUUGCAGUCACUAUCUCAGCGCCAUUCGCAACUUCUUCAAGCAUGUGACUCAGGGCCCAGAGAGCAAGGUAUGAGACUUGCUGCAGCCGCCCAAGGCGCACCCAUGAGAGCUCCACAAUGGCCAGAGAGCCAAGAUCCAGUGAAAUGGACAGCUUGUGAAAAUGUCUUUUGUGUAUUCAGCUUUUCUGCUGCUUUGAGCAUUUCUUUUGCUGUCUAGAGAACCUGAGUUAUGGGAAUAUUUUCUUUAAAACUUGAGUAUUUUCGGGCAAAAUUAAGGACAAGCAAUACUCAGUUCUAUACCACAGUUGAACAUUUCUUUCUCCAAACUUUGGGGAAAAUAAUAUUAUAUAUAAUAUUUGGUUUCAAAUCUAUCACGUUUUAUACUAGUCAUCUCGUAGAUGUAAAUUCAUUUGUAAAUGUGAAAGAGAAAAUAUUACUGUUGAUACAUAUCCUCGUAAUGAAAAGUGUACUCCUUUCGUGUAAAUGAUAUAACAAUCCAAAGAAUGUCCUACAAAAAUAUAUACAUACAUAUAUAUCAAAAGAAAACAGUGUAUAAUGUUAGGUGAAUUAGGGUCCAAAUAUAAUCAGUCUACUGAAAUGUUGUCUAAUAUACCAUAUUGUCUAUUAAGAUAUACUUUUUUGUUCAUAGUGUAUAAAGGACUUAUAUAAUAUACAGAAAAUAAUUGAUAUUGUUGAUGGAGUGCAGCCUUUUCGGGAACUUAAUUCUGAGUGGGAUUCUCAAGAAUUACCCGAGAAGCUUUGGGUAAAGUAUUAAGGAGAAAGAGAGAGAAGAAAACAUGCAUUCAGACAGAGAGUUAAUCAACUUUAUUAUUUUUUGUAACACUAUAUUUGAGCGAAAGGAAAAAAAAUCAUCAUUUUUUUGGAGUAAUGUUUAAAGAGAAGGACAUAAGAAAUAUAUUGGAUGGCAUUUGACGUGUAUUUAAAAGAAGAGAGCAAAGAGAAAUAAAGGAAAAUGUUUAUAGAGAU